CCUAUGACCGUGUCUACCCUGCCGAGGAUGACGAUAACAAGGAUGUUGAUGAUAACUGCGCGCUGAUGUACCUCAACGAGGCCACAUUACUACAUAACAUCAGGCUGCGCUACAACAAGGAUAAGAUCUACACGUACGUGGCGAAUAUCCUGAUCGCGGUGAACCCAUACUUCGAGGUGAAGAACCUGUACACGCUCGACACCAUCCACGCCUACCAGGGCCGCUCUCUGGGGCAGAUGCCGCCACACGUCUUUGCUAUAGCGGACAAAGCGUUCCGGGACAUGAAGGUGCUGAAGGAGAGCCAGAGUAUCGUGGUGUCAGGAGAGUCUGGCGCAGGCAAGACCGAGUCUACCAAGUACAUCCUGCGCUAUCUCUGCGAGAGCUGGGGCAGCAAGAUGGCUAACCCCGUGUUGGAGGCGUUCGGCAACGCCAAGACGACACGCAACAACAACUCCUCCAGAUUCGGGAAGUUCAUAGAGAUUCACUUCAGUGACAAGCACCUGGUGGUAGGCGGGUUCAUCUCUCACUACCUGCUGGAGAAGAGUCGUAUUGUAGGGCAGUCGUCGCAGGAGCGUAACUACCACAUCUUCUACCAGCUCUGCGCCGGCGCCCCUGAUGAACUACGAUCCAAACUCAGGCUCUCCAACCCUGACGACUUCGAGUAUUUACGUCACGGCUGCACGCAAUACUUCGUCUCAAAGGAGACCCAGAGCAAACUCUCGAACAACAGCGUGAGCCGCGCACACUCGUCCAGUGGGCCUCUGAGGGACCCCAUCCUGGACGACGUGAGGAACUUCGCUGCCCUCGACAAGGCCCUUGGCAACCUCGGCCUCGGAGGACAGGAGCGGCUGUCCAUCUACACCUGCGUCGCCGCCGUCCUGCAUCUCGGCAACGUCCAGUUCGAGGAUAAUCCUGACGAUGUUAAGGGAGGGUGCCGAGUGUGCGGCAGCAGCAGCGAGUCGCUGCGCGUGUGCGCAGGUCUCCUGGGCGUGGACCCCAACCAUCUGAACCAGGCGCUCCUGUCGCGGGUCAUGCAGCCGAGCAAGGGCGGACAUAAGGGCACCGUCAUCAUGGUGCCUCUGAAAGUGCACGAAGCCAAAGGAGGGCGCGACGCUCUGGCCAAGGCAAUGUACAGCAAACUCUUCGACUACAUCGUGCACCGCAUCAACCAGAGCAUCCCUUUCUCGUCCUCUGCUUACUACAUCGGAGUCCUCGACAUCGCUGGUUUUGAAUACUUCCCGGUGAACAGCUUCGAGCAGUUCUGCAUCAACUACUGCAAUGAGAAGCUGCAGCAGUUCUUCAAUGAGCGAAUACUGAAGGAGGAGCAGCAGAUAUACGAGAAAGAAGGCCUUGGUGUUAAGAAGAUCUCCUAUGUCGAUAAUCAAGAUUGCAUUGAUUUGAUAGAAGCAAAGAACACCGGCCUGAUCAGCCUCCUUGAUGAGGAACACAAACUGCCCAAGCCUUCACCUAGUCACUUCACCAGCAUGUGUCACCAGCACCACGCCAGCCACUUCAGACUAGCCUUACCACGCAAGAGCAGACUUAAAGACCACAGGGAAAUACGGGACGACGAGGGCUUCCUUAUACGGCACUUUGCUGGCGCCGUGUGCUAUCAAACGGCGGAGUUCCUGGCGAAGAAUAACGACGCGCUGCACGCGUCCCUGGAGGGGCUGGCGCAGGAGGCAGGCAACCAGUUCAUCAGAGGGCUCUUCAUGUCGGGCGCCGCGCCCUCCUCUGCCCGUGGCAAGCUCACCUUCAUCUCCAUCGCUGCCAAGUUCAAGACGCAACUUCAGGAACUCAUGGAUAAACUCAUGAGCACCGGCACGAGCUUCGUGCGAUGCAUCAAGCCCAACGUGAAGAUGGUGGACCACGAAUUCGAGGGCGGACCAAUCCUGUCGCAGCUGCAGUGCUCGGGCAUGACCUCCGUGCUAGAGCUCAUGCAGCAGGGAUACCCUUCCAGGGCUCCGUUCCAUGACCUUUACCACAUGUACAAGCAGUUCCUCCCUGCCCAGCUCUCGAGGCUUGACCCGAGACUCUUCUGCAAGGCUCUGUUUCGUGCGCUGGGUCUAGAUGAGAAGGACUUCAAGUUCGGCUUAACGCGCGUGUUCUUCCGUCCCGGAAAGUAUGCAGAAUUCGAUCAGAUUAUGCGCAGUGACCCUGAGAACCUGAAGCUCCUUGUUGACAAGGUGCGGCGCUGGCUGUUGCAGUCACGCUGGAAGAAAGCCAUUUGGUGCGCUCUCUCUGUCAUUAAACUCAAGUAUAAAAUCAUCUACAGACGUGAAAACCUCAUCGUCAUCCAGAAGAACGUGCGCAUGCUCAACGCCCGCAACAAAUAUCGCCCGCGCUACAUGACCGCCCUCAGGAUAAAGGGUCUUAAGGGUCAGGUUGAAGCCAUGAUGGCCAUCACGCAGGAGCUGACCAAGGACCGCGACGCUAGUAUUGCUGACGUCAAGAAGCUGCAGGUGGCCAUUGACACUUCCAUUAAUCGCAUCCGUACACAGUCUUUGUCCAAAACUGUACUGGAGAGAGAGUACAGUACGUUGGUUGCGUCCGCUGACUGUACCAUGGCGGCUCUCAAGACCAAAGUGCAGAUGCAGAAGAAGGCCGAGGAACAGGAAAGGCUACGUAAGAUCCAAGAGCAAAUGGACCUGGAGAGAAAGCGCAAGGAAGAGGAGAUAAGAAAACAGAAAGAAGAGGAAGAAAACAAAAGAAAACGCGCUGAACUUGAAGCCCGCAGGAAAGCUGAAGAAGAGGCAGCGAGAAAACUCGAAGAAGAAGAACGUCUUCGAGCUGCCGAAAAUGAGGCGGCAGCAGCAGCGGCAGCUCGCGAGGCAGCAGCGGCGCGCGAGGCGGAGGAGCAGGAGCGGCGAGACCACGAGCUGGCGCUGCGUCUCGCUGCCGAGACACGCGGCGGCGUCGACGAGACAGAGACACCCAUGCUUAAAAGGUCAGCAGCGGUGCAGCAGCAGCUGACGUCAGCAGCGAGUGCCAAGUAUGACCUCAGCAAGUGGAAGUAUGCUGACCUCCGCGACACCAUCAACACCUCCUGUGACCUCGACCUGCUAGAGGCGUGCAGGGCAGAGUUCCACCGGCGCCUGAAGGUGUACCACGCCUGGAAGGCUAAGAACAAGAAGACCAGCAAAGACGAGAGCCAGCGAGCCCCGCACUCUGUGCUCCAGGCUGCGCCCUCCGCGGCCCCGAUGAGUCCGGUUGAACUAGCGAAUUUCUCGCUAAAAGCAUCAACACCCUCGUCCCGCGCGGCAGCAGCAGCGCAGGCGGGAGGUGCUCAGGGCAAGAGUCGCUACUUCCGCAUCCCCUUCGUGCGCCCCACCGACGACCCUGGCGCCUCCAGCCAGCAGAAGGGCUGGUGGUACGCGCACUUUGACGGCGACUGGAUCGCUCGUCAGAUGGAACUUCAUCCCGACAAGCAUCCUAUCCUCCUGCUGGCUGGUCGGGACGACAUGCAGAUGUGUGAGCUGAGCAUCGAAGAAACAGGCCUCACCCGCAAACGCGGCGCCGAGAUUUUGGAUCACGAGUUUGAGAAGGAGUGGGCCAAGUAUGGCGGCAAGCCUUACGUGCCUGCCGACCGCCGCCUUUAAUUAAACACACCAACUUUAUAACGUAUUCUUUCUUUACUUUUGUAUCGCUCGCCUGCUUCGUUAAAUCUUACUGACUUUUCCCGUUGUCGUGUCUCUCUUGAUCGUCGAGUAAACGUCUCGAUGAGGCUUGCUUGUCAAGGCCGAAUUUGCGACGUUCCAUUUAAUCGGGACAUUGUCCUUGUUUUUUCUUUUUAUUUCUUCUUCAAAAUAACCUGCAAUUAAUUUAUUUAUCUUCCCAUAGCUCUUACUUGUAUUUAUAGCUGCUGGUUAAUUCUAGAGUUUUCGUACGUAUCAUAUUUUGUAUACAGCGAAAGUUUUGACUCUAAAUUAUUUGCAGCUCGUUUCAAACAAAGUAUUUCUUCUAUACCUAAAAAUACCGUAAUAUCAACUUUUUCCAAAUGAAAAUUUCUAUGCUGUUUUUCUGGCCUGAUUCGUAUGUUGCAACUCACGUUUCAGCUCAAUUAACUGUACGCGGUUAAUAAACUUAUUCUGCCUCAAUAUCUCGAAUUUUGAGCACAAUCCUCAUGAUGGUUUCUUGGCUCCAUAAAUUUUUUCGCACGUCACCCGCGUAUUAAUUGGCAUUAAGUUUCAUAUACAGUCAAAUUUAAAUAAAAGUUAUC